AUGAAACCCGACGGCGUGGUCACGACGACGACGGCGAUGAUCCCGCCGGACGACCACCUCCGGUCGCGCAGCCGCCUGGCCGCCGUGCUGGCGCCGCUCCUGCUCUUCCUCGCCGCCGUGCUCUCCUUCCCCUCCACGCUCCGCCUCGCCGCCAUCCCGCUCCCAACGCCGCUGCAGCCGCCGCUGGUGACGACGCCCCACCAGCCGCCCCGUCGGACCGCCACCACUACCUCCACCUCCACCGCACGGGUCGCCGUCUGCCUCGUGGGCGGCGCGCGGCGGUUCGAGCUCACGGGGCCCUCCAUCGCGCGCCACGUCCUGGCCGGCGGCGCGUUCGCCGUCCCCGCAUCGGCGGCGCCGGGGCACCACAGCAGCAGCAACCAGACGGCCGUCGACGUGUUCCUGCACGCCCCGCUGGACGCCGACGCGUACAAGCUGUCCCUCCUGGCGCGCGCCGCCGUUCCCGCGACAGGCACCAGCAGCAACAACGUCAGCGUCGCCGCCGUGCGCGUGUUCCGGCCGGAGCGCCUCGACGUGACGACGCCGCCGGCGCGCGCGCAGGUGCUCACCGCCCUCAACUCGCCCAACGGCUUCCAGGGCCUGCUGCAGUACUUCCGGCUGGUGGAGGGGUGCCUGGACCUCAUCCGCGACCGCGAGUCCCGAGGCAACUUCACCUACGCCGCCGUGCUCCGCACCCGCCUCGACGGCUUCUGGACGGCGCCACUCCGCCUCGACGACGCCGACCUCCUCCUCCCCUCCUCCACCGACUACUACGUCGUCCCAGAGGGCUCCCGCUACGGCGGCCUGAACGACCGUCUAGGCUACGGCGGUCGUCGCUCCAGUGACGCCGCGCUGUCGCGGCUGUCCAUGCUCCCGCGCCUGGCCGCCGCGGGCUACGCGGCGCUCAACUCGGAGGCGGCGUUCGCGGCGCAGCUGAAUGUGUCGGGCGUGGCCGCACGCGAGCGCCGCCUCCCGUUCUGCGUCCUCAGCGACCGCUCCUACGCGUUCCCGCCGGUCCCCGGGUACGGCGUCCCCGUCGCGUCGCGCGAGUGGAGCUGGACCGAGUACCGGAACGGGACCGUCGAGCUCUGCGACGCGUCGGGCCCGUGGGAGGAUGGGUGGGAGGCGAUGUUCGACGCCGCCGCUGGAGAUGACGCCGCCCGGGCCAGGCGGAGCGUGGUAAAGAUGGGUGCCGGGGAGUGCGUCGACCAGAUGGAGAAGUUCGAGGCCCUCGCGGAGCGGUGGGACGCGCCUAGCCCCGCCGAGAUCUGCCGGAUCGGGUUCAGAGCCCGGACAGAGGCGGCGGCCGCGGCGGCGAAUACCUCCUCCUCCAGCGGCGACUCUUGA